UAUGAUUCAUCAUUAAAAAAAAUCACAGUCAGAAAUAUAGUUGCUGUUCAAAAUUCCUCUUUAUAAAUGUACCUACUCUGGAUUAUUUAAUUUCGCUUAAACAAAUGCAAUCUAUGUGUUUAUUUGAUAAUGCUUUGUUGUUUCAGCUGAAGUUUGUAAAAUCCAUUGGCCGAACACCGGAAUGUAAUUGAUUUCAUUGUUCUGUAUACAAAGGGUUAAACAGCAGAAGAACUGGCUGUCAUGCCUAUCAGGUAACGGUUGCCAUUGACAACGACUACAAGCAUGUAGCUGGAGGAGUGUGAGGUAUCCCAGCCCCUCCCCCAGGUUUACCAUGACCUAUGGAAGACUGUCUGGGUGUGAAAUUGUUCCCUCCCUCAUUCUAAGUAAAACCACAUUGGGCAGUGCACACGAACAAAAACACACAGCCAUGUAAAUCAGUCAAGCCAGUUCUUCUUCCUGUUCUCUCAUGCCAUGUUUUCACAGACUGAGCCAAGGAGGAAGUCCUGGAAAUAGGGAUUUUAUUGUCAACUCAUACGCAAUAAUGCCAUGGGACCGGCGGGAUAUGUUGUUGAAGUUAAGAGGAACAGAAAAUUGUCUUUGAGGAGGAGAUAAGUCACACUACCUGACUGAGCGACGUCUAAACAAGGCGACUUUUCCUGAUGGAUUUUAGAGGGAGAGCGACAUAGCUAAGACCUCUGAGGAGCCGAAAAACUGUCUCUCACCCGUCAGUGGGUCUAAAAGUAGAAUGGAAGCACUGAGGGAGUCUUUUCGCAACUUUCCUUUUCAGAUGUCUACAUACAAGAGAGCGACGCUGGAUGAGGAGGACCUGGUGGACUCCACCGGCGACGAAAUCUACCCGUCCUCACCUAUGCAGGUUACGCUCCUCCACAGACGGAGUCCCUCGUGCUGGCGGGAGCGGACACAAAGAGAGCAGCGGCUACUGAUUUUGGUUUGCAUCGUGUCUGUUGGCUUGUUCAUAUCACUCAUCACGACUGGCGUCUUCUACAAAAAGGUUCACCCGGGGCUCUGCCUAACAGAACCCUGCAUAACUGUGGCCAGCACAGUCAUGGGUGCACUGGACCGCUCUGUAGACCCCUGCCAUGACUUCUAUGACUUUGCCUGUGGGGGGUGGGUGAAGAAUAACCCCCUACCUGAGGGGAAUUCCCGCUGGGGACCUUUCAGCAAGCUGUGGGAAAACAACAUGCUUGUUAUGAAACAGUUGCUGGAAAACACCACGAUGAAAGGCCUGAGUAAGGCUGAGGAAAAGGCUCAACGAUAUUAUCAAGCAUGCAUGAAUGAAGCCAAGAUUGAGGAACUGGGAGCAAAACCAUUACAGGAGUUAAUUACACAGAUCGGGGGCUGGUCUCUGACCGAGUCCUGGGACAAGAAUAACUUCCAAGAGGUUCUGCGGACCGUCUCAGCGAACUAUCACACGUCGCCCUUUUUCACUGUGUUUGUCAGCACAGACUCCAAAAAUUCCAGCACCAACAUCAUCCAGGUGGACCAGUCCAGCCUGGGCCUACCAUCCCGAGAUUACUACCUCAAUAAGACUGCAAAUGAAAAGUAUCUGACAGCAUACCUCAACUUCCUGACGGAGUUAGGAGUUCUUCUCGGAGGUUCUGAAGCGACGUCUCGAAAACUGAUGAAAGAGAUUGUCGACUUUGAAACGACCCUUGCAAACAUCACAGUCCCUCAGGAGGAGAGAAGAGAUGAGGAGCUAAUCUAUAACAAGAUGGAGGCCAAAGACCUAAAGACGCUGGCUCCUGCAGUUGACUGGAUGCCUUAUCUAAUUGAAUUGUUUGCUCCUGUGACACUGACUGACUCGGAGCCUGUGGUGGUUUAUGCCAAAGAAUAUCUACAGAGAGUGUCUGACCUCAUCCAAAACACAAACAAAAGUCUUCUGAACAACUACAUGAUAAUGAAAGUGGUCCGGAAGAUGGUCUCCAUUUUGGAUCAGAGAUUUCGCGAUGCAGAGCAGCGCUUCAAUGAAGUCAUGUUCGGAACAAAGAAGAGUUGUACGCCUCGCUGGAAGCUGUGCGUCACCGACACGGACAGCGCCCUGGGCUUUGCUCUUGGAGCCAUGUUUGUGAAAGCCACCUUUUCUGAAGACAGCAAAGCUAUUGUAAGUAAUUCAAAGUCCCUAUCACAGGCUAAGUUGGUUCCUUGUCAACUGACUCUUCCUCCUAUGCGUCAGGCUGAAGAUAUGGUUGGCCAAAUCAAAUGGGCGUUUGAGGAUAGCCUGAGGUCUGUGAGCUGGAUGGAUGUUGACACUAAAAAGGCUGCGAAGGAAAAGGCAGAUGCCAUAUACAACAUGGUUGGGUAUCCAGAGUUCAUUAUGAAUGCAACAAAGCUGGACAAGGUGUUCAAUGAUUUUGAGGUGGUGUCUGAGCUUUACUUCCUGAAUGUCAUGCAGUACUACAACUUCUCAGCCAGAGUGAUGGCAGACCAGCUGAGGAAAACCCCCAACAGAAACCAGUGGAGCAUGACUCCUCCCACUGUGAAUGCUUAUUACAAUCCAACAAAGAAUGAGAUGGUUCUGCCCGCUGGAAUUCUUCAAACUCCAUUUUACAGUCGAUCAUGGCCAAAAGCCCUCAACUUUGGUGGGAUUGGAGUCGUCAUGGGGCACGAACUGACUCAUGCCUUUGAUGACCAAGGCAGGGAGUAUGACAAAGAUGGCAACCUGCGCUCAUGGUGGAAGAACUCAUCGGUGGCGGCCUUCAAGAAGCAGACUCAGUGUAUGGUGGAACAGUACGGCAACUACAGUAUCAACAAAGAGCCAGUCAACGGAAAACACACCCUAGGCGAAAACAUCGCAGACAACGGGGGGCUCAAAGCUGCAUAUAAGGCUUACACCAGAUGGAUCGAAAAGAACGGAGUGGAGCCCACUCUUCCUGCGCUGGGAAUGACCAACCAUCAGCUGUUUUUUGUUGGAUUUGCUCAGAUCUGGUGCUCAGUCAGGACCCCUGACAGUUCGCAUGAGGGUGUAGUCACCGAUCCCCACAGUCCCUCCAGAUUCAGAGUCAUCGGCACCAUCUCCAACUCCCGUGAAUUCUCAAAGCAUUUCGGCUGCAAAGCUGAUGCUGCCAUGAACCCGAAGCAUAAAUGCGAACUCUGGUAACCCCUUGCUCUUUUUGUACUGAUUGUCAGCAGGAGGGUGGAGGACAGAAGAAUGAGUUACAAUGAUGAGGAAGUGUUUCUCAUGAAAACUACUAGAACCACUGACAAUCCAAAUGCCUUACCACUAUUACCGGACUGUUAAUCAGAGUAGAAUGUGUUCAAAGUGGAGGCUUGCAAUCUUCAGUGCUUCGUUGCAAUGAUUUAUGAUGUUAAAUGUUGCUAUAUAUUUGCUUUUUCAACACUGGAAAUCUUACAGAUGGUUACAAUACGUGGGAACAAUAUACGCUUUUUUUUUACUUCUCUUGUCACUGAAAGCCAAGUAAAUCGAAACAAAAUAUUUGUAAUUUUGCUUGGAUUUGCUCCUGCUCAACGUUCUAUGUUUUAUUUAUGGUCACAUUUUUGUUUGACUGCGAUGAGAAGACAUGCACAGUUCUGUAGCUGAUGAAAAGAAAAAAAAAAUUUUGGUCCAAUUCAUAUUUUUAAGCCAUAUUUUACUUGUGUUAAUAGUACAACUCUGUAUGUAUAAUGCUUUUCCCGAUGAGAUGAAUGUUCCUUUUUUAAGAAAUGUGAUAGAUGACUCAUGUCUAUGAGCGUAUUAAGACAGGGUCAUUUUAGACUGGUGUGAGAAGAUUGUUUUUAAGUGUCAUGUUGAUGCCCUUUUGUUUUUAUUACUAUGGUAAAAAGUAAAUGAGAAAAAAGUAUAGCUUUAAAAGGAAUACAUCGGUGUGGAAAGUUUUUUGUAUCUUGCACCACAGCUGUUCUACUGUACUGUCAUCACAAAGUAUUUUGUAUAGUAAAAUAAA